AGAUUGGUUGCUUAAGGAUGAUAUCUGAGGGGCGUUUUCAUUUGUGGACUUCGUGGUUAGAUAUCGCCAGGAUGUUGCUUGCCAACCAAAUGGAUUUGAUUGUGGACUAUUUGUCAUCAAUUACUUGCUGGAUCCAGAUCGAUAUUCCAAGAAGCUUGACCAGUUCCACAGUGACUAUGAGCGGGCACAACUUACAAUGUACUUGCUCACUACGG